CCCCUGUCAAAGGGGCGGGGACUUGCCCUGCGCCGUGUGACCGGAAGUCCCGCCCACUCCAUGUGGUUGGCUGCGGCGCCGGAUGGCGGAACCGAGGUCUCAGCGCGGCUGGUUCGUUUUCGGGUUCCGGGGCUUCGCGGAGCCUCGCGGCGGCGGGGCCCGGCGGCUGGAGCCGGAGCCGGGCGGGAUCCGCGUGGUGCGGCCCGCGUGGAGCUACACGGGCCUGGUGACGGGGCGCGGCCGCUUGGUGCUGCGGGGGUGGCUGGCGGGGGCACUGCCCGGGCACUGCCAGGACCUGCUCCCCUCCGAGAGCCACGUGCUGCUGCUGCGUGGGACAGCGCUGGAGGCCUGGGCACGGGGCGCAGGGCUGUGUCAGGGGCCCUCCUGGCAGCAGCAGCUGCACCCAGGGGAGGAGGCCAGGCCCCUGCCCCUGGCCCCCCGUGGCUACAUGAUCCCGCGGCCGCCCUUCCUGUGCCCACUGCCACCGGCGCUGCGGGCCCAGAAGCUGGUGCUGGGCCAUGAGCAUGUGGUGCUGCUGGGCCAGGACGGUACCAUCUACACCUGGGGCUGCGGCAGGCAUGGGCAGCUGGGGCAUGGGGGGCUGGAGCCUGCGUUGGAGCCCCGGCUCGUGGAGGUCUUGCAUGGCGUGCCCAUGGGGGAUGUGGCAGCUGGAGGCUGGCAUUCUGUCAGUGUCAGCGAGGGAGGUGAUCUCUAUGUCUGGGGCUGGAAUGAAUCAGGGCAGCUGGCACUGCCUUCCAAAGCACUGGCAGAGAAAAGGGCACCAGCCACAGCCUCUGUCUCCCAGCAUGAAGAACCCUGCCCAGGAGAGGCAGAGCUGAAAUUGGUCAAGCACGAGGCAGCACUGGGUGCUGAAGCAGCUGACUUCAUUUCAAUCCAGGCCUUCCCUGCUUUGCUGGAUCUACCUGAGGGGUCAGAGGUCAGCAAGGUCAGUUGUGGCUCCCGCCACACUGCUGCUGUGACCCGGACUGGGGAGCUCUACACCUGGGGCUGGGGCAAAUAUGGCCAACUUGGCCACAAUGACACAGCCAGCUCUGACCAGCCACGACAGGUUGGCUAUUUCUCUGCAAAUGGACUCACGGUGGAGGAUGUGGUCUGUGGCCCAUGGAACACUUACGUCGGUGCUGUGGAGAAAUGAGAGCAGCUGAAACGGUAGAGAAAGGCCCCACCUGUGGCACUGACCUGUACAGAGACUCAGCCACCCCUGGGCCUGGAGCCGAAGGUGAUUUCCUUCACCGGGGUGCGUGUUCAUGGUCAAGUGCCCCAGCCAGAGAACGCCAAUUAAUCAGCCUUCCUU